AUGAACGUGGAGGAGGAGGUCGGGAGGCUCAAAGAGGAGAUCCAGAGGCUCGGCCAGCAGCAGCCCGAUGGCUCCUACAAGGUCAAGUUUGGUGUCCUCUUCAACGAUGAUCGGUGUGCAAAUAUUUUUGAAGCACUAGUUGGCACCUUGAGGGCCGCCAAGAAGAGGAAGGUUUUGACCUAUGAUGGUGAGCUGCUUCUGCAAGGUGUUCAUGACAAUGUGGAGAUUACCCUGUUGCCUCCACCCGCAGUUGCUGCCGCUUAA